CGUGCGCAGGCAUUUUUUAAAUUAAUUCCAUACUGAAUUUCAACGUGAAUAGUUUCUAUUAUUUAACGCGCGUGAAAUUUGUGAAUGUAAUUUUUAAAUUUUAGUGACGAAAAGUGAAUUUUCAAUGUUUUAUUGACAGUGAGUGAAUUAAAUAAACCGAAAAAUUGCGGCAUUUUAAACAUUAACAUAAACAUAAAAUCCAAGUAGAAAAAGGAUCUAAUUUUUGUGUUACAGCUGUGAUUAUAUAUGUAUAUGAAGAAUACAAUAAUACACUACACAAACGUUUUUAAGUUGUGUUUAUCCUAGCCUUAUGGUAUUAAAGCCCGGCCAUAAUUCAUCUCUACAAUAAAAAAAUAUAAUUUGGUGGGGCGAUGUUGGCGACCCAAACAUGUAUACGCAUUAUUUUCUAGGAAAAUCUGCCAGGAAAAUGCAAGUUAAAAGAAGCGUAAACUUUUUUGGAAACUAACUUUGAAAAGUACGUUCCAUUUGUUUGAAGAGUCUGGAAACGAAUUUCAGACAAGUGAAUUGGAAAUAAUUUCCAUUGAAAAAGAGAAAAACUGAAAGCAGAAAACAGAGGCGCUUUAAGAUGUUCGCGUUCCACAAGCCCCGAGUGUAUCGCUCGGCCGAAGGAUGUUGUAUUUGUCGUGCCAAGUCCAGCAGUUCGCGGUUCACUGAUUCGCGCAAAUACGAGCAGGAUUCCAUGAAAUGCUUCGACCUAAAGUAUCCUCGCCACGGCGAGAUUUGUAAUGCAUGCGUGUUGUUAGUGAAGCGUUUUAAGCGUCUUCCGGUGGGCAGUACUCGACAUUGGGGACAUGUCGUCGACGCUCGGGCAGGCCCUGGAACGAAGUCCAUAUCGAAAUACAAGAAGAGUCGGGACGAUGCAGAAAAUACAAGCAACAAUUUAACAAGUCGAUGCACACAGAAUUCCAAGUCGCUAUUAGCGGAGAAAUAUUCUAAAAUUUAUAAAAAAAAUAAGCAUAAAAUAGCUACUGGUGGAGAGCUACAUUCGAUACACAACACACUUGAAACUAUGGAUAGCGAUUAUGAAGAUGUUGCUGAGGUUGGAGAAACUUGCGAAGUCAGGGAAAGUAACCCACAUAGCAAUAGCUCAUCUGUGCAAUUUCAAACCCAAACUCGGGCCUCUCGCAAAAGGACGAACAGCAUUCAUUGUCGGAAGGACCCUUUAAAGACAGGCAGUAAGCGACGAAAAAGUAUGCCACCAAAGAGAAAUCGGUCUACGUUGAAGCUUUUCAAUGAUCACGCCCAAUUCUUCGAUGAAUCAGAGUGGCAAGAGCGUAAGUCUUGCUGUGGCUUAAUUCUUUUAUGCCCAAAAUUGUCUGGAACAAUAUUAUUCGAUACGAAAAACUUUAAGGCCUGCUCAGAACACCAAUGUCCUCAAGGUGUUGAGAUUAAAGAUAAUGUGAAAACACAAAAUCAGUCUUCAAUAAGACUUCAAAGGGCAAUCAACGCUACAAGGCCAACGGUAGAGCAAACAUCAGCGCCAUCAACAGCAGUGCAUAGCAUUUACGAAACUUCAUUACCCACUCCGGUGCCUGUUAUUAAUACGAAUUCUACUCCAGUAUUGAAGAAACAUCAUUUGUUUUUCAAAAGGCAGUCUGAAUCUUUUCCCCAAGUGGAUCUCGCUGUCAAUAACAGCAUAAUAAAUUCAUCAAAUAAGACUGAGUUUCUUGGAGCAAUAACAACAGCUCCGGUUAUCAUUAAAAACAGUACUAAUUCCACCAACCCCAAAAGUACAACACCGACCGUACCACAUCCAUCUGAAAUAUCAAAUGGAAACAGCUCAUCUACUCUAGUUUCCACACCACUACCACUACCACUAGCAAUUAACACUACAAACAUAUCUGCCAUAUCGAGCAUUUCCCCUUCUAGUGCCACAUCUGUGAGUGCGCACAUGCCGCGACAUUCUACAGCCAAAGUUACAACAAUUUCCCCGCCUUUGUCAACAACAAAUUUGACUGGUGGCAAUAGACUUUUACAUAAAAUUAAGACAGGAAAAAUAUUAAAGAAUUCUCAGGAGAAAAUAGGUGUCACCACGCCAGGGAUUGGACGAGUCUCACCAGCGGCUGUUGAGCGGAUUAAAGGUGGUGAUUUGCAGGAGUUGAAACCAGUAAUUCGCAGUGUGCCAAAAUCGUACAUACUAACGAAGCCAACGAUAAAUGGGCAAAAGUGCAAGCAAUACAACCCAGCCGGGUCGCCACCAACAUCGGCAUGCGCUAACUCCGCGGCUAGUUCAUCAUCCACGGUGGCACCCAAGUUUAGCGACAAUUCUUCCGAUUCGGGUUUCGAUGAAAAUUUGCUAGAUCGGAAAUCAGCAAGUCCCUUGCGGGAGGAUAUUGGUAAUGUGAAACCGGUCAUAAGCCUGUCAACCGGCUUUUCCUCAACGGGCCCAAACCAGACUUUGUUGCUGGCAUGCAAUGAGAGUGCAGCUAGAACGCCACAUAUGCAAAAUAUGUCGCGAAUGGUAACAUCGAAUUCUGGUGUAAUGCACCAGAACUACCAACAUCAAUCGGCGGCAAGCAAGACUGGUGGCCGUGUUGGUUCAGCUAAAAAAUCAUUGAAAAUUUCACAAGUCAAGCCUACAACAAUAUCGGUGGGUAGUACAAAUAAUAGCAUUAUGGGAGCUCACAUUAAGACGACAGCGACAGCAACAGCAACACCAUCUAUUCGUGCAAUCUACAACAAUAAUACAAUACAACAUGAAAACGGCGUGACAACGAUCGUACCGGCUUCUUCGUUAGCUGCCACCACACAAACGGCUGCUAUGAAUGCACUUGCCCCCAGCACCGUUACCAUAACACCAGCUCCGAUCCAUCAUUUAGGGGGCGCGGCAGUGAGCCUAACAAAAAAAUUAGCCACAUCGGGUCUAGGAGUGAAUUUAAUUGCCACAAAUGGCACUAGCCAGAGCAAUAUUCUGCACACGGUCACGAAUACUGCGUCACAUUUGAUCAAUCAUACUAACAGUGCACUGAUGCAGCAACAUCACAAUACAACAACUAAUAUGAAUCAGAAGAUAAUUCUCUUGAAGACUGCUGGUCCCACAAAAUACAAUAAUUUUGGGAGUAUCGGCAGUAAUGGCAACGUUAACAAUGUAAAGACAACUAUUGGCAUGGGCAUUUGUAAAAAUUGACCAAAUGGAGGUCGACCGAGGUUGAAGCAGCAGCGGGUAACUUAAACGCUAUUUUGUCAGUAGGGAUUCUGAGGCAUUUUACAUACACUGAUAUUAAUUGCUUUUACGUUGCUACAUAAACAUAUAUAGUGCAUAUAAAUAGCAUAUAGUCGAAUAGUGGAAUACUGAAUGCUGACUGUGCGCCUCUCGUGACCCAUCUCUUAUUAAACUAUUUAGUAUGUAACGUUAAUAUGAACAUUUUAAAUUAGUUGAGCAAGUGUGACUACAUUUUUUAAGUGCUUUUUGGCCUUAUUUGUGCUAAGCAUUUUAAAGUUGUCGUUGCGGUAAAGAAUAGAAAAUACUCUUUUAAACAUAUUUUUUAGUGAUGAGAUUCAGUGCAUAAUAAACACCACCAUUUUCGAAAUGAGGGAAGAAACACUUUUUUAUCGCUGCCAUGGGAGCAAUAAUUUCGACAGCUUUGAGAGGGUCUAUAUAUAUUUACUAUAUGUUUUAGUUUUAUGCGCAUAUUGCCGGUUACAACUAUGUUUAAUUUCAUUCUUAAUUUAUAAACUUUUAAAUAUUAUCUUGUCUACCACAUACAUAUGUAUAAAUACUUACAUAAUUCAUAACAAUGGGCACACGCACAUUACUUUUUAAAGUUUAUUUGCGAAAUAUUAAGUUUAUGGCGAGGAUAAUAGGUAUAAAGAAAUAUAAAUGCCUUUCUGCUCUAUAUUUGUAUUUUGUACAUUUUUUCUAUAUACAUCUAUAGAUAAUAUAAUAAACUCGUAAAUCUUUGCUAUACAACCAGAAUGUUUGGCAUUUCAUAGCAUUUUUAAAGUAUUUAAUUUAGUUAAGAGGCAAAACUGUUCACGAAAAUACAGAAAUUUCUGUUUAUGUGCAAAUAUUUUAUUAGUCCCAACGCAUAUGGAAUACAUAAAAAGAAACUUAAAGGUGUAUGAGUUUACUAGCAAAAUCAAUAAAUAAGUUAAAAAAAUAAACAUAUUUAAUUCAUAAGACUAAAUUAAAAAAGUGGGAGAGUGUGCACAAGGGACAAGUCUUAAGAGCUGAGUCCGCCACAAUAUUUUCCUCCUGCCUCGAUCCUUUUUGGCACAGAGCUUGUUCGAGUUUCAUUCAGACUCGCUGUGUUGCACGAUUUUUUAAAGUAUCACGUUCGAUGUGAAAUUAUGGCAGCUUUGGCAAAAGUACAACAUUCUAGCCAACAAACUUCUUCUCUUUGUUAUAUUCAAUCGUAAAUUACCGCCAAUAUCGAAGCUGUGAAGGAAAAUAUUUAUGGGAAACUGUUUUAUUUUUAUUUAAAUAUCCACCUUCACUCAUCUAUGCAAAAUAAAUGCCGGCCGGACAUGAGAAAAAUAUCAGCUGUGUUACAAGCCUCCAAUAAGUCCAUACACCAUCAACAAAAAACUAAUAAAAAUGUUUGGGAGUAAACUUUGACAUGCCAAAAGGGCUCGCGCCCAUAAUUAAAAAAUUUGUAUUAAAUAGUCAUCAAUGGUCUUUCGGCAAAAAUCGCCUUAUUAAAAUCGCUCAAAGACACUCGAGCUGUCUAAUAUUAUUUUCUACAAACACUUUUUUGUUAUUUUCGCUGUAUAUUUCGGCUAUUAUCCGGCAUAAAAACGGGCUUAUUCCAAUAUUUCCCUGGCCACGUUGAAGUAUGUAGACUUGGGAUUAUUCUCAUUUCUGCGAAAGCAUCCCCAGUGUCCCUUUUCCAAAUUUCAGCGUUGGGUAUAUGUUGUGGUCCUGUACACCCACUUCUUUAUUAAUUCAUUUUCAUAUGCCGCCAUCUGAUCCUACUCAAUUGAUCCUAGUUUCAUUGGACCAAGCAGCUUUCUCUUAAUUAUGAUGAAUAGUGAAAUAUUCACACGUUUUAGCAAAGUUUAAGUGUGUUUAGAAAAAUAUUACCUUGCCGUUGUUGUUAUGUGAAUGAAAUAACAUGGGAAUGCAAAUUUCUUAUAUUCGUGAGCAGUUGUGUCCUUCACUGUAUAUGCCAAUAGUUUUAUUUUAUAAUAAUGCCUGCUCGCAGAAUGCAAUACUAUGUAUCGAAUAAAAAGUGGAAAACAACAAUGAACGUUUUAAUUUACUGUGAACCCUAUGUAAUAUUGAAAGAAAUUAUUGAAUAAGCAAUCAUCUAAAUACAUACUUACAUACAACAAAAACA